GUUCCCCAAAUGAUGGGCUCCAAGCAUACAGAGAAUUACAGAGGUCACUCGAGAAAACACUUCCCAAGGCCUCGCUUCCACCCUGACGAGACAUUCGCCGCCGGCCGGCCGCCGCAUCUGUCCCCCGCCGUGCACGGGGAUCCUCCAGCGCCGCAAAGCAAGCAUAUAGCACCUGAACCGAAACGACCCAAACUCUUCCUGUUCUUCGGGCCAUCUGCCCACAUAUCCAUGAUCCGUCAUUAGCGAAGCGGAGCAGAGAAGCAUGAAGCCACGCGCUCCUUUCCCAUUCCUCCGCGGCAAGAACGCGGCGACCUUCGCACCGGAACAGUCUAGGAAGCCGCUAGCCACGUCUGCCUGCUCCGGUCUGCCGUGUGACGACGUCAAUCUCCGUGACGCUCCCGGUGCCCGCAAGGCGUUCGACGAAAUUUCCAGCCGGGAUGCCGUGGCGGGCUCCGACCGCGCCCUCUUCGACUACGCCCGGCGGGGGCUGACCUGUCAGGCGCUGGACCAGUUCUUGGAUGUGCACCGACGCAACGGUGGACGCGUUGGAGCCGCCACGCUGUCGUCCGUCCUUAAGGUAUGCAGUUCGGUGCCAGAUAGAGCUCUCGGGGAACAGCUGCACGGCCUGUGCGCGAAGUGCGGGCAUGAUCUGGGCGACGUCAGCGUGGGCACAUCGCUUGUUGACAUGUACAUGAAGUGCCGCUGCGUCGAGGAUGGGAGGAAGGCGUUCGAGGGAAUGCCCGAGAGGAACGUCGCCACGUGGACGUCGUUGCUCAAUGGGUACAUGCAAGCCGGGGCGCAUUUGGAUGUCAUGGCGCUUUUCUUCAGGAUGCGAGCAGAAGGGGUCUGGCCCAAUCAGUUCACAUUUGCUAGUGUUUUCUCUAUGGUGGCCAGCCAGGGAGCCGCUGAUCUUGGGAGGUGCGUGCAUGCUCAAUCAAUUAAGUUUGGUUGCUGCUCAACUGUCCUUGUAUGCAACUCGUUGAUGAACAUGUACGCAAAGUGUGGACUGGUUGAACAAGCCAAGGCCGUUUUUUGCGGGAUGGAGAUUAGGGACGUGGUGUCGUGGAACAUAUUGAUGGCCGGCCUUUUGUUGAACAGGCGUGAACUGGAAGCCCUGCAGCUGUUCCUUGAUUCACGAUCCAGUAUUGCCAAGCUUACACAGCCGACGUACUCAACAGUGAUCAAAUUAUGUGCAAAUCUCAAACAGCUUGGCUUGGCACAGCAACUCCACAGCAGUGUUCUGAAACGUGGCUUUCAUUCGUAUGGCAAUGUAAUGACAGCCCUCUUGGAUGCCUACAGCAAAUGUGGUGAAUUGGAUAAUGCUUUAAACAUAUUCUCAUCGAUGCCAGAAUCUCAAAAUGUUGUUUCAUGGACUGCUAUGAUCUAUGGGUGCAUUCAGAAUGGUGAUAUACCUCUUGCAGCUGUUCAUUUUAGCAGAAUGAGAGAAGAUGGUGUUGCUCCAAAUGAGUUCACCUACUCGACAAUGCUGACAGCAUCAGUGGCCAGCUUGCCUCCCCAAAUUCAUGCCCAGGUGAUAAAGACAAACUAUCAGAGUUCGCCAACUGUUGGAACUGCACUUCUGCACUCUUACUCGAAGCUUUGCAGCACUGAAGAAUCCCUUUCUAUAUUCGAAAUGAUUGACCAGAAGGAUGUUGUUACAUGGUCUGCAAUGUUGACUUGCUAUGCCCGAGCUGGUGAUUGCGAUGGUGCCACAAAUGUAUUCGUCAAGAUGUCCAUGCAUGGCGUGAAGCCAAAUGAGUUCACGAUCUCUAGUGUCAUUGACGCUUGUGCUAGUCCUACUGCCAGUGUUGACCUGGGUAAACAGUUCCAUGCUAUUUCAAUAAAACACAGAUGCCAGGAUGCAAUUUGUGUCAGCAGCGCACUUAUCAGCAUGUACGCAAGGAAAGGGAGCAUCGAGAGUGCUCAGAGUGUCUUUGAGAGGCAAACAGAUAGAGAUUUAGUGUCAUGGAACUCAAUGAUGUCAGGGUAUGCACAGCAUGGUUACAGCCAAAAAGCCCUUGAUAUAUUUUGGCAGAUGGAAGUUGAGGGCAUUGAGAUGGAUGGUGUCACAUUCCUUGCAGUGAUCAUGGGAUGCGCUCAUGCUGGUCUUGUCGAAGAAGGCCGGCAACACUUUGACUCGAUGAUCAGAGACUAUGGGAUUACUCCAACCAUGGAUCAUUACACGUGCAUGGUGGAUCUCUAUAGCCGUGCUGGCAAGCUGGAUGAAACAAUGAACCUUAUAGGAGGCAUGCCAUUCCCAGCAGGUCCAAUGGUAUGGCGGACAUUGCUCGGUGCUUGUAGAGUUCACAAGAAUGUUGAGCUUGGAAAGUUGGCUGCAGAGAAGCUGCUGUCAUUUGAGCCUCUUGACUCGGCUACAUAUGUGCUUCUCUCCAACAUUUAUUCAGCUGCCGGGAAGUGGAAAGAGAAGGAUGCAGUGAGGAAACUCAUGGACACUAGAAAGGUGAAGAAAGAAGCUGGGUGCAGCUGGAUUCAGAUCAAGAACAAAGUUCAUUCCUUUAUAGCUUCAGACAAGUCACAUCCUUUAUCAGAACAAAUAUAUGCAAUGCUCAAGGCAAUAACAGCUAGGCUGAAGAAAGAAGGCUAUUGUCCUGACACAAGCUUUGUACUUCAUGAAAUGGCGGAAGAGCAGAAAGAAGCCAUGCUGGCUAUGCACAGUGAGCGGCUAGCCCUUGCCUUUGGCUUGAUAGCUACCCCACCAGGGACACCCCUUCAAAUUGUCAAAAACCUGCGGGUGUGUGGGGACUGCCACACGGUGAUGAAAAUGAUCUCUGUAAUUGAGGAUAGGAAGAUUGUAAUGCGAGAUUGCAGCAGGUUCCACCACUUCAGUUCAGGGAUCUGCUCCUGUGGCGAUUUCUGGUGAAUGGAGUCAGAACAAAAUGGCUGUGGAUGCACAUACUCUGGCGAUAUCGCCCUUUGAACAUCACUGGUAAAUUGACUCUGGUUGUCAGAUUUCUACAAGCCUAGAAAUAAUGUUUUCGACUUUUGAGGCUUGUAGAGACACAUAGCAGGAAUAUCAGCGCCGGGGUUUGUUGGAAUUGCUACUGCUGGAAUUGCUACUGGAUGCAGACAUGGUUCAACAGGCGAUUAGUACUGCAAUAUUGUAACUCAGGGCCUGGGAGUUGCAACAAAAGUUCUACUUGAUUUGACAGAAGUACGACCACAAGAGAUGGGGAUAUAAGCUUUCUUGUUAUUCUUUUGGUGGCUAGGUGUAAAUGGGUACUCAAGUGACUCUGCAGUCUGCAGUGCCUGAAUAUGAAUCAAAAUUGUUUGAGACUUGAAUUUGGAGCCUUGCCCUUGGAGGCACGAGUGAUGCCUUGAUAGCAAUAUCACAGAGAGUAAUGGAGUCUACUCAAUAGAGGCAGUGCUUUUCCAUGAAAACUUUGCACAGUAUCAGGAAAAAUGUUUGGUAAAUAAGAUAUUGGUAAUCUAAUGAAAAACAACUGUGGUUACUACACUUGCAAUCAUUUGGAUCCAUGUGGUAUUCCUUUGCAAUCUAAUUUCACCAUUUCAAUGGUAGCUGUCUGGUAAUAAGUUUUAUUUGUUCUUUCAACUGCAGCUGCUGACUGUUACAUCCAAUGUGCACUUCAGGUUUAGCAUUGUACCCAAGGAUAUGUAUUUAAGGCCCUCUUCUAAAUAAUUGGGUAUAUCCACCAUGAAUAUUUGUGCUGAUACAUCAUAACUUGCAAUUCUCAACAUAGUGCCUCAUAACAUGCAAGUCUCAACACCCUUUAUCCUCUUGUUCAAAUCAAACCUUAUUGCCUCCAUAGGUUAAAGGUGUAUACAAUGAAAUUAUAUUCACUCAGUUUUGGUACUGAACUGAACUAACAGCAGUCUUUCAGCAUUAUAUAGAGAACUAGAGGUUGAUGUGUAUUUUGUUUUCUAUUCUCAUCUUAGCUUCAUCUUCAGAAUAUGUCAAAAAAUGCAACCUUCGUCAUAUUCUUCGACAUUUUUUGUUACACAACAAUUAGAAAAUUAGAACAAAAUGAAAACUGGAACCUUCUAGUUUGCAUACCCUCCACAUAUAUUCUAAUAUGGUAUCUGAUUUAGUUAACACAAUUUCUGUCUAUUCCCAGGAGGUUACUUGACCCCUUAUCAGGUCUAGUCUUAUACAAGAUAUAUCCCAUUGCCUUGAGGUUACUUGAGGUGCCUAACAGGUGUGAUCAUCUUCCUGAUGUUUUCUGUUCUGCCAGUCAAGAUUGGCACCACCCGACUCCUCACUUGAAAGUUGUUCAUACUGAGUUGUUUCUGUUGUACUUGGAGCUGUCUCGUCAUCUGAAGAACUCUCACUUCAUAGAUCAGAAAAUAAGGUAUAUUAGGUUUGAGUUCCUUGACUGCCUUACAUGUGAUUGUUUCCAGGAAAUUGAAUCCAACUUACUUCCGCAAGUAGAUGAUCAGUCCCAUGGCUACAACUGCAAAUGCUAAGUAGUAGAGCCAAUUUACCUGUGGUUUGCACAUAAGAUGUCAGAGCAGUAAUACAGCCAAUAUGUCUUUUCCUAAACAUUUGGAAUUGGAAACAACUUUACCUGCUGAUGAUAGAAGAAAUACCGAAUGGCGACCGCCCAUAUGUCAGUUGUUAAGAGUGAGAGGUUAAACAUAGUUGAUCCACUCAUCUGCGAAGUUUGACAGAAAGCUAAGUGCUACUACGCUGCUAAAUGGCCAUGAAAGAGCCGUCUGAACUAUUACUUGGUGAUGAGUUACAUUGAGUGAAAAUAUCUAUGGAGUAGAUCUGAACUGGCUCGAGAAGGUUAACCUUAAGAACAAAAGAACUAAUGGUUGAGAACACAAAAGCUGCUAUAGCAAAUCCUGUGAAAAGACUUAUCUGGAACAAUGUCAAAAUGAAGGCGUGAGUCUUCUUACUGAUAGAUCAAAAAAGGUCUAUGGAACAUUAAACAGUUUGGUAGGUCGAAGGAUUUAGUUUUCUCACCAUUUUUGGAGACCAGUUGAUUGUCUCUAGGUUCUUCCUCUCAAAAAGAGAUCUGUGGUUUAUGCUAGUUAAUAGGGUAACAUUAAACUUUACUUCAUGAACAUGUAGUGAUUUUUCACCCCCAAAAUGGAUAGAAUGGUUUCUUAAAAAAAAAAAGUCAACAGUUAGGAUGGUCAAUGAAUCAUGCUAGUUCAGUACUGAUAUGAUGGACAGGAUACAUCUGAAUUCCUGUGACAAGCACCCCAAAGAUUCCAAGCAUUGCAAUGAAUUCAAUUCGGUCUUUCUUCUUGACACAGUAUUCCUGCACAAUUCAUUUCACAAACCAUGAGAAAUCAGCAAGUAUAUUGGUGAUAGCAGCAGUUGUGGAAUGCGUUCCUAACCUCCCCGACAUUGCUAAACGCAAAACAAAAUGUGGCAGCAAUGAUAAGGACAUCUCCGAGAAGUGGUCUUUUACUUGCAUCUGCAGAAAACUGCCUACUUACCUUGAACAUCUGGCGAAUUUGAAUCUGAGAGGAGUACUAGGGAGAGUCCUGCCAUGCAAGUGCCUGCUCCUA